UUAAUAUCCAAAUCUCCCUAUCUGCCUUAACUUCUCUCCGUUUAUAAACACGAAGACAAAACCAACUAGCCUAUGUCAAGUUUCCAACUGUGAAACUGAAAAUGUGUCAGAAACGGAGAUUGCAACAAAACCCUCUCCAGUUUAAGUGGAGUUUUCUCGUACUUUGGUUUGACGAAGUUAUGAUUAUGUUCUUGAAGUUGAUGAUUUGGAUUUCAUUCCACGAAGAAAUUUAAGUUUUGAAGAAACUAAAGAUGGCUACUUUAAUAGAGGUUUCGAUAAUGCACCAUGUGGGCAUUGUCUUCUUGUUUCUUUGGUUGCUUUCUUUGUUCAAUCGAUGUGGCCCCAUAGCUUUUUUCGUCUCUUUAGUUUAUCUUUUCUUGCUAUUGUGUUUUCAAUGUGCCGUGAAAGGUUCAUGAACAAUAUGUUGAGAGGUUGAGGAGAAAAUUACAGUUUGAGGAGAGGAAGCAAUCUUAUCAGAGAAGGGUGCUUUCGGAUUCUGAAACGGUGAGAUGGCUGAAUCAUGCUGUUGAAAACAUAUGGCCUAUAUGCAUGGAGCAGAUCGCUUCGCAGAAGAUUCUGCUUCCAAUUAUACCUUGGUUUCUGGAGAAGUACAAACCCUGGACCGCCAAGGAAGCUGUGGUUCAGCACCUAUAUCUGGGCAGAAACCCACCCAUGUUUACAGAAAUAAGGGUUCUUCGCCAUUCUAAUGAUGAUGAUCAUUUGGUACUAGAGUUGGGUAUGAACUUUCUCACAGCAGAUGAUAUGAGUGCGAUAAUUGCUGUGAAACUGAGAAAAAGGCUAGGAUUUGGAAUGUGGACAAAGUUGCAUGUGACAGGCAUGCAUGUUGAAGGGAAGGUUUUGAUUGGGGUGAAGUUCCUUCAAAAAUGGCCUUUCCUCGGCCGUUUGAGGUUAUGCUUUUCUGAGCCUCCAUAUUUUCAAAUAACAGUAAAACCUAUCUUCACUCAUGGUCUUGACGUUACAGAACUUCCAGGAAUUGCUGGAUGGCUAGACAAGCUUCUAUCUGUUGCAUUUGAGCAGACACUUGUUGAGCCCAAUAUGCUGGUUGUAGACAUGGAGAAGUUUUCCUCACCGCAGCCAGAUAACUGGUUCUCUGUUGAUGUAAAGGAACCUGUCGCACAUGCAAUUGUUGAAGUAAUUGAAGCAUCUGAUAUGAAACCAUCAGAUUUAAAUGGUUUGGCUGAUCCCUAUGUGAAGGGGCAACUUGGACAGUACAGAUUCAGGACUAAGACACAAAAGAAAACUUUGACCCCAAAGUGGCAGGAGGAAUUUAAGAUCCCCAUAUGUUCAUGGGAUUCACCUAAUGUGCUAUCUAUUGAAGUUCGUGACAAAGACCAUUUUGUGGAUGAUUCCCUUGGUGUCUGUUCCAUAAAUAUCAGUGAUCUUAGGGAUGGCCAGCGACAUGACAUGUGGAUACCUCUUAAGGACAUUAAAAUAGGAAGGCUGCAUCUCGCGGUUACAGUAACUGAAGAGAGAGCAAAGAUUGACAUGAAUUUCUGGCAUAAAUUUAAGCAGCGGGGAAGUCUGUCGGAUGAGGAAACAUUAAAUAAGGAAGGAGUUCAAGAUGAAGAGGAGUUACGAAGCAAGAAAGAAGUAGAGAACUCCUUUUCCAAUGGAACUGACGGAUGUUCCUUUUCAUUUGUGACAUCAGAUAAGUCACCAAAGAUGGCUGAUAAUUUUGAGCCUAUACCCAUUGAGGGGCAAGAGAAGUGUGGGAUAUGGGUCCAUCACCCAGGAAGUGAAGCAGCACAGACUUGGGAGCCUAGAAAAGGAAAGAGCAGGCGCAUUGAUACCCAGAUUCGUGGAGUGCAUAAUGAUUCCUUUCAUAGCACUGAUACGGCAGCAUCUGGAUCUCUGAACAAUGACAGCAGCAGUACUGACGAAAAUACUGAGGGUGAAAAUCGUUUUCGGCGGGGCUUACGAAAAAUUGGUUCUUUGUUUCAAAGGAGUCCUAAAAUGAGGGAUCAACAAAAAAUUGGUUCUAUGCUCCAAAGGAGUCCUAAAAUAGGGGAUCAUUCAGGCAGCAUUUCAGAGCCUGUUUCAUCUCCACGGGCUAACCUUAAAGCAACCAGUUCUAGGGAGGUUGGUAUGAAGUUCAUAGUAGAAGAUCUUCCAGGUCCCAUCUCUAGUAGCAUUCUAAACGAAGUAUGUAUCAAUUCAGAUGGAAGUAAUCCAGACAACCCUGAAAAGAGAAGUGAUCCCGAAAGGUAUGAAAAGAAGCAUAUGAAAGGUAUCGCAAAGAGCUUUCUGAAUCAAGCAGAGAAGCAAGCUCGCAACUUAAAGCAUGCACUUUCCCGAAAAGGCUCUGGAAAAUCUUUAGGUGAUUCAUCUACAGGGAAUGAACAAGAAAUUUAUCCGGAAUCCGACUCUUCUCAUGAUGAAUCUCCUGCACCUUCCACUGUUGAAAGAAUACCUGAGUGUCAAUCUCCUACACCUUCCACUGUUGAAAGAAUGCCUGAGUGUGGAAACGAGGAGUCUUGUAAUACCAAGGAUCAUAUCGUUCAAACUGGUUCAAAUGAUUCUGAAAUGGAUGUUGAGGACCAAAGGGAGAAGGUGAGUGUGGAAGCUGAUGAGAAGAAAGGGAUCAAUGAGAUAAGCAAACUGGACCGGAGCGGUAAUGAAUUGAUCAAGACUGUAACUCCCCAGCUUUCUGAGGAGGAUGUGGAACAGAGAGAAAAUGGAAAAUCUGGCUCAGCUGAAGAUAUAAUCUCAUAGCACUUAAUGCUGUCAAUGUGCUGAGUAAAUUACAGUGUGAACAUUAAGAAGAUCUUGCCCCAUUCUAUUCAUUUGUUGAUUUUCUUAAUCUGUAUAGCAUCCAAAUAGAAUGACUGGUACUAGCUUUGAAAAGUCCUGGUGCAGCUUCAAGUCUAAUGUGUUCUUGUGGGUAUGGUUGUAUUUCAUGUUAGCAUUUUUGUAUAGCAGUUUACAGAACACAAUUACAAUACAAAUCUAGGACUAUUAUGCAUAUAAUAUUAAAUCAAACAACUUGUUAUUGAAA